UCAUUCUCCUAGCUAAUUCCUAAAGAGUGAGACAACGUUGUCCGUGCUGCUGCUGUCAUGGGGAAGCAAAAGAAGCACAUCUUGUUGUUUCAUCUUCUUUUCUUACACCUUCUUCUGGCUGGAGUUCAAGUAGUAGAAAGUAAAUCUCAUCAUCACCUCCAUGGUCAGAACCAGGUUCAUGGGUUUUCUAAGCUUUUCGCUUUUGGAGACUCUUAUGCUGAUACUGGAAAUAGCGCGAAAUCCACAUCUGAUUCGUGGCAUGAGCCCUACGGGAUCACCUUUCCCGGUAAACCAUCCGGCCGUUGGUCUGAUGGACGGGUCCUGACUGAUUACGUAGCUUCAUUUAUUGGAAUCAAGUCUCCAAUACCUAGGCAAUGGAUGAAAUAUGGACCAAAACUAGUAAAAUUUGGGAUAAACUUUGCUUACGGAGGGAGUGGUGUUUUUGAGACAUCGACCCCAGUUAACAUGACUGUGCAAAUCAACUCCUUUCAACAACUCAUCCAACAAGGGCUCUACACCAAGAAAGAUCUCUAUUCAUCUGUAGCUCUGGUCUCACUUGCUGGCAACGAUUAUAAUGCUUAUGCUUCCAGAAAUGGCACCGCUGAGGGUCUUCCGGCUUUCAUAUCUUCGGUGGUGAACCAGCUGGCCUUGAAUCUGAAACGCAUCAACGUCAUGGGUGUGAAAACAAUAAUAGUCACGGCUCUCCCACCACUGGAUUGUCUUCCUCUACGCACACUCUCCUCUUCUUUCCAACAAUGCAGUGAAACAGAUAACGCAGGAGUUAUAUUCCACAACCAGUUGCUGCAACAAGCUGUAGACAAACUCAACAACCAGAGCAAGGACUCCACAUUCUUAACUCUUGAUCUCUACCGUUCAUUCAAGACCAUAUUGAAUCAGACGGCCCUACCAGCUGGAAAUAUGAAGUUUGAUGAUCCUUUGAAGCCAUGUUGCAUGGGCGUAAAUUCCUCAUACUCGUGUGGAAGCAAAGAUGAGAAUGGCGUGAGGAUGUAUACAGUCUGCAAGAACCCAAAGACGGCAUUCUUCUGGGACAUGUUUCACCCUACUCAAGAGGGUUGGAAGGCUGUCCGUUUGCUUCUGGACUCCUAUCUGUUCCCACCCAAGCCCUAGACUUCUUCCUGCUACCAAGAUUGGAUUGCCAUUGUUUUCUGUGUUCAUUGCUUUCAUUCUUAAUUCUUCACCUUUAUUACAUCGUUUCAAUUUUGUCCGA